AUGAAUCUUCUGCUGCUGCUGUUGUUGAUCGGUUUCGCUGCCGGCGUGAGCGUCACCGUCCCUGAAAAAGUGACGAGCGCCAACGACGUGCCGCAGCAACAAGCAGAGCCUGAGAAUCAGGUGAAGGUUAAUCCCCAAGACGGGGAGGGCGAUAAAAAAGUAGCGAAGAGAAGCUACGGAUGGGGUCCGUGGGGCUACGGAGGAUACAGCUUCGGAUGGCCUUGGUAUGGCGGUGGCCACGGAUGGUACGGCUGGUACCCCAGUUGGCCCCUGUAUUAUGGUGGCCACGGAUACGGCGGAUACGGCGGGUACCGCGGUUGGCCAGGCUACGGUGGUUGGUACAAGGGAUGGUAA